AUGGCUGACCCUGCCCAAAGUGCCGCGACCCCAGUGCCUGAGGAGGACGACUUUGAACUGUUUGGUCCGAGUCCUGGAGAGGCGAGUCAGCCGUCGAACCCAGGACCUCAGCCUGUCCCGACUGUUGGACCGCAGCAGGCACCGCAGCCAGUGCCACAGCAAGCACCGGUUCCACCUGCAGUGACGACGACAGUUGGUUUGGACCCACAGCUGCAGCAGUUGAUGCUGAAUAUGAUGCAGAUGCAACAGCAGACGCUCCAGGUCAUGAUGGCUAGGAUGGACGCAGAUGAGAGAAGAAGGCGAGAAGCUGAGGCUGCCUCUGCAGCUGUAGCUGACCCCUUUGGUUCGACGGCUGCGGCUGGAAGUCCGUCAGCUAAAGCUACUGCUCCUCCACCUCCAGCGUCUGCUGGUCCGUCGGUGCACGUAGGAAGCAACAGAGCUGAGAAGUACCUCCCUGCUUUGCCCACCAUCGACGCUCCAUCGAUGGGGAAACGGCGUGUGAAAGAGCUGGAAGAGUACCACCGUUGGUGUGAAGUCUUGGCGUCAUGGUUGGCGCUCAUAGACGACAACUACGUCAACGAGCUGCGCCAAGCAAUGGUGCACAACAGGGAGAUCAAGCAGUCAGAGAUGUCUGCUCCUGUGGCUUCGAGGGGCAUGCGCCCAGGGAAAGCAGUGAAGAAUGAGCCCAAUGAUGCUGAGCCCCCACGUCUCACCAUGACGGAUAAGGAAGUAGAGAAGCUGAACCAGUCCUCUUCGAGGAACAGUCACUUUGCGUGGCUUGUUGAUAGUGGAGCCACGUGCCACGUGUUGUCUGUUGCUUCUUUGUCGUUUUACGAAGUCGUGAAGGAGCAUUCGGGACCGCUGCCUGUCUUGAUGAGUGCUAGCGACACCGAGAUGGAAUGCCUCGGGUUGGUCGAUAUCCGUGUGAAGUUUGGGAGGCUAGGGCCUGUAGUGCUUCAAAAGGUCCUGGUUUGUCAGAUUGGUUUCAAUGUGAUCAGUUCUUGGCAGGCGUCACUUUCGGGUUGGUGUUCUUGGUUCACUGCCACACCCGGAGAGAGUUGCUUGAUGAAGCAGAAUGGGAAGGGUUCCUGGGUUUGGGUUCCCUUAGAGACGGAAGCCAGGAGCUGGUGGGCAAUGGCCCAGGAGAUCGGCCCCGCGAGAGCUAAGGCGAAAGCGAAGUCCAAAGCAGGAGUGCCCAAAGGUACCCCACCGAAGUUUGGGAAAGAAGACGACGACACGGGAGAUGCAAUGGAAGUGGACCGCGCCAAGGAGAAGGCGCAUCCGAACAAGCAUCCGCAGAGAGCUUUGGAAGUGACUCCUUUCAAGUUCUUGUUGCGUAGUGCCUGCAGUUUGUUCUGA